AUGGCUUCGAACGCGCCUCCACCAGAAUACACCCUAUCUUCACAUGAGGAAGCUGGGAAUGCGUCAGCACAUCCGGCAACUGCGGAUUCACCUAGCGCAGAACCAGCAGCAGAACAGCUUCAAGUAAUAAUCACACCCACGCAGAACGCGACCGACUUUCAGAAUGGAGCACUAGGGAUAGAAGGAGAGCAUGCGACUAUCGAAGGCGAGGUGCAGAUAAAGGGCGCACAAGAGGGAGCGUGGCAAAGAGUGUCAAUAACAUUCCAAACCGUGGAAAACUCUCCCGAGCAGACGGUUGAACUCGGCAAUGUCACGCAGGACCUCUACGUUCGAGCGCCACCAUCUGCGUCGUCGUCAACGACCAUUAUACUACCACUCCCAAGUUCAUUACCCUUCGUCAUUCCGCUGCAAGCCGACACCCCAGAAUGCGUGCACACUCCAAGUUCUUCUCUUUCACACUACCUCAUCGUAGCGCUUCUCCCGACGGACCCUCUGUGUGCCUCCUUUGAGCGCAAAAUACCCAUACACCUGCGCCGAUAUUCUACUGCAAGCGCACCUCUGCUUCCGACGCUCCCCUAUGAGCUAAAGCUUGCGGAUCCCGUCCCGUUUAGAAUUCAGCUCCCGAGGCUCGAAUUCAGGGUUGGCGAACCAAUCCCGGUAUACAUUACCAUACCGCCUCCAGACCGGCAGCAUCUCAACCGGAUCGGCCUACGACUCCGGAACAUCAAGGCAGAGUUGGUGCGCGUGGUAGCCCUUAUCGAUGAUGAAGAUGCGACCACACCGAAAGGCGAACAAGGCAACUCAAGAGGUGAAGGAAGUAGCAGCACGAAUUAUACGCCGUACUUCAGCGACCGGAAGCAAGCAGGGAAGGACGGAUGGCCUGAUCUCGGAUCUGGAUCCAGCAGCUCAGAUGGUUUAACGCAUACAGCCGUCAUGUCGAGGAGUGGUGCGGCAUGUCGGUUCCACUCAACGAGAUCGGUUAACGUUCGGCUUGUUCUGCACCCAUUCUCCCUGAGCGCCGAGGUCACCGCAUCUGGAGGGCAGCCGCGGAUGCUGACCCAAGAUCAACGGGAGGCCGAAGGGUGCGCGUCCAUUACCCAGACAACUCUGUUGCACGCCGUAUCAUUCUAUCUUUUGGUCCGCGUCGGAUUCAUAUCUUCUACUGGUGCCGAACGAGGCGAAGUUAACAGCGAGCAAACUGUGCCUAUCACCAUGCUGCCUGGUCUUGCACCCAUUGAAGAGGAUGUAACUGCCAGCCAAUACAGCAAGAAGCACGAUGCACCGCCGGAGCGAACGUACCGAUACGACUAUGAUGCUGCGCCUUCUGGAUCCGGUCAAGAGGAUAUCGAAGGUGCCGCACCACCUUUCACUGCGUACGAUGGGGCGAGCGGAGGAACAUCGGCAGACCUUAGCGCACCACCGCCUUUCUUCUCGGAUAUUCCGGGCACACCGCGCCCUCCCAGUUUCAUCGAGGCACAAACUACCUAUUCCGUUGGUCCAAGCACGAGCGCUGGUGGCAUGUCAAUUGCCGAGUGGUCCACUGCCGAUCCAAAUCGGACCAUUUUGCGCAUUCCUGGUGAAGGGGAACAGUUCGGCUUUUCUUAUGAGGACAUCUAUGACGGGUUUGGCGACGGAUCGCGCACGCCUCCACCCCCUUUGUCCCGCGCAGAAGUUGAAGAGCCUCCUCCGCCGCCACCUGAGAUCUCCCUCACAGAUGUUGACGUCUCUAGUGCGGAGUUCUCCCAGAUUUUGAACCAGACGACGCAGAGACUGCGGGCGAUGUUAGACACCGCUAAUGGAGUCGAGGCACCGCCACCACCUCCCGCUAUGGAUGACCCACUCGAUCCUCCGCCGGCGAUUGACGAUGCGUAUCGUCCGGUCAUGCCAGCGCAGCACCCACUCCCACCGCCCGUUACUCGGCAGACAAUCCCAGAGGAAACCGCCAGUCCUGCGACACCGCCUCCGCCUCAUGAGGAUGCCUCGCGCACGAAUAUGCACAGGGGAACGGAACCUCCGCCAUACCUCGUCCAAGCUGUCAUGGGUAGAAACCCGCACAGGCAGUCGCUACUCAAUACGGAUCAGCAAGACGGGCACGGUCCCCCGCCGUAUUCUGACUUUGCUGGUGGACCGCCUACGUGAUGUGCCGUAACUUCUAUUCCAAUGUACGGAUAAUUAGUGAUAUGAAGUGAAUGGGAUAAGAACGCGGAGUAAAUAACAUUGCGCAGCACAGGAUGGGUAUUGUUCGAAAAGAUACAUCGAUACAUAGUACAGACAUCACCGUCGUGAUUUCACGUUAUCGACAUGGAUAGACACAGGAAUCUAGAAUGAAAGUGGCAUGAUCAGGGUUUUUUCUUUCCUUCCGAUGCCCAACGCGACACCUCGACAAUUACUGCCUCGUCCACUCCUUUGAUGCGCGAUAACAGGUGAAGCAAAUCAUCUCGCGGGAAAACUCCGGGUUCAUCAUUCCCAUCCCUAUCACCAUACCCAGCAUCAUCUCUUGAUCCGAACGGCAAUAUCUUCGAUGUCGUAAAGCUAUCUUGGCGAUCAACAAUGAUGCCAAGCGUCUCAAUCAGACGUCGACAUUGCACGCUGAACGGAUUCUUGUCCCACUCGGCGGCAAUGGGCUGGCCAUUGGCUGUACUGAUUUGGCGCUCAAUCAGGCCACGGAGGAGUUUGCGAUAGCUGAUGUCUUUUCGCAUCCUCGUUUUCAGGCUAGCCGGAGCUAGGUAAGCGACGCUAUACAAGCAGAGGGUGAUUCGCUCGGAGUAAGCCAGCCAUUCGAGGUGGUUCUGAAGCCGGAACAACUGCAAAUCUUGCUCUGAGACCGGUAACAUGUGGCAAAGCCCGUCGAACAGUGUCCAUAGUUGAGUUGGAGAGAAUGCAGACAUGACAUUACGAUUCUCAUCCGUGAUCAUCAUGCGCGAGAGUGCCUCAAGAGCAUGGUCCGCAGUUGCUGGAGGCUUGUACCAAACUUCUGGGGACAUAUUCUGAGCCCGUGGAACAAGGAAUUGUACCGAUGCCUUGAUUGGUCCAACCGUAUUGAUCGGAUCGAUAACGAAGGAACUUGCGACUGCAAAAAGCGCAUGACAGACAUGCAGCGGGUUUGUGGCGAGCUUGAUAUCUGUCCCAAUAUUGGCCAGUAUCAUUAGCACCUGCUUGCGAACCUCGAUGAGAUCAGAAAGGGUGAAGCACGACACGAGAGGUGUGAACUGGUCCUCGACCUCGAAUGCACAGAGCUUGGCCAUGAUCUCCAGGAAGCGAGUGAAAGUCGCCAUGUACUUCUGG